UAUAUUAAUCAAUCUUAACGUGGCAGCAAUGGCAUGUUCAACCGUCGUAAUAAUUGUUCUUUGUUUAAAAAGUUUACUAACAUCCAUUAUCAUUGUACGAUAAAAAUAACGUAUCUUAACGUAUAUCGAGUAACUGAUUUAAAAAAAGAAGAAAAAAAGAAAAGGAAUCAUGUUACAACUCUUUAAUCAUUAUUUAGUUCUAUGACAUGGAAGAAAUAGAAUCUAUAAAAGUGUUGUUACAGAAAAGAAGAAAUAUUUAUCAUGAAAAGUACGAAAAUGAUACGAAAAAACAGAUAGAGGAACAUAAUAAUUUAAUGAAGCAAUUGACAACUUUACGAGAAGAAAGUGUGGAAUGUCAAGAAACCAUCGGUAAGAACUGCAUUAAUUUAAUAACAAAUGAAAAUGCAGUAAAGAAAUUAUUAUAUGAUUCAAAACAUGUACCGGGUUUACCAAUAUCUCAUGACUGUCAUCAACAAUCCAUAGAAUUUUUCUCAAGUGCUUUAGACUUUCUAAAUAACUUUCAAGCUUCUGACGGACCUUUAGAAAUCUUACAAAAGGAUAAUGUUGAUACUGAUAAAUUAAAUAAUGAUAUUGUAUCAUGUACCAACCAUAUAAGCAAUGAAUUUUAUAAAGCAAAAUCUGCAUUUCUGCAUGUAGAAAAAGUCAGAAAUAAUAUUGAAGUUCUAUGCGAUUUUGGCUCUAUUUCUGAUGAUGAAAAUGCAGAGUUAAGUGCAUCUGAUUCAUAAUCUAUUGACCUCAUAUGCAAGCAUUAUUAAUUGAGGAUCAAUAGUAUUCUGAAACAUUCCAACGAUAAAAAAUUAUUAAUUUUUUUAGUAUUUUCUAAAAGGGCUUUUUAAUAUUUUAAUAACACAGUAACCAUUACCAUGUAAGAUGGUAUAACUUGUGAAGUAGGAAGUUCUGAUAAAACUGCUGCAUCCUCUUCGUACAUAGAAUGAAUAUUUAUUUUUACGUCUUUUACUGGUUUUUCUGUUUGAGAAGUUCUUAAUGCUAAUCUUUCUCUAUCAUAAAAGAGGUAUAAUUUUUAAUUUUAUUAAUUGCAUGACUUUUGUAACUUUAUUUUAACUGAGACAUGUAUUUCAAUAUUUACCUUGCUAAAUGUAGUUUCUCCGAAGCAACUUUAGUUUCUCUUUGUGCUAAUGCUUCAAGUUGCAAUUGUAACUGGCCAAGUCUUUCCUUAUGCUGAUCAUCAAUUUGAUGUGCUUGUUUUAAUGCCUUUAUUCCUUCAUCUCUUUUUGUUAAUGCGGACUAUUCAGCAAUAUAUACAGUAUAUUAAUAUAAAAAAAUAUUUUCAUUUUAUAUUUAUUUUUUUCUAAUUAAUAAGUACAAUAUCUUUCACCUGUGUUAAGUUUUCAAGCUCUUUAGCACGUAGUAUAAGUUCAUUUUCUUUUCCUUGAAUCUGAUACUGUUGUAUUUCGAGUUCUCUCAUUUUUUCUUGCCAUUUCAGUCUCUCUUGAUUAGCGCGAUUAUUUGCACUUUGAGCAGCUUUUAUAGCAGCUUCUAACUACAAAUAAAAAUUUAAUAAUAUUCGUAAAAUGUAAAUACAUUCUAAUACAUCUUCCAAUACCUCUGCCUUUGCCAUAUCAUCACAUUUUAAUCUAUCAAAAACUUCUAAUUUUGCACGUUCAGUUACAACUGCUUCUCUUUCUCGUGCAAUUGCUUCUAUUUGUCUCUCUUGUUCUUUUAUCCAUGCAUCCUUUAUACUCUACGAGCAUUACAUAUUUAUAAUCGUACGUACAUAAAAAGGAAUUGAAUUAUGUUUGAAAGUAUAUUAUUAUACCUCUAAAUGUUUAUGUUCCCAAAUUACUUUUUGUUCAAAUAUUUCUCUUUCUCUUGUUAAUGUUUGCUCUUUUGUUUUAAGUCUUUCUUCUCCCUCAUCAUAUUGUAGGCUUCGUUUUUGAAUAUCCGACGUAAGCUGUACAAAUUGUAAUUCAAGCUUUUUCAUUGACUCAACAAUUUCUUUACGUUCUUGUUCCAAGAUUCCCUUUUCCCUUUCCGUACUUUGUCUUUCUGCUAUAGUUAUUUGUAAAAAGUUAUAAAAUAAAUGUAAAGAGGUAUUAUUAUAAAAUUAUUAUUAAUAUAAA